GAUGCAAGAAAGAUUAUAGAAACCGUUCGGGUACCGAACCGGGAGGCUCGGAACGAGGUUUGGUGUUGCUUUUGAGUGCGAUAUUAGAACGAUGGAAAGGAGGGAGCAAGCUUUGAAAGACAGAGUGAGAGAGAAAGAGGACCGACUCAUGCAGAAGAAAGUGUAGAUACAGAGAAAGAACGAACAGCGGAGCGACCAAAGAAUAGAAAGAACAGAAAAUUCCUCACUUUUCUUUAUAUUUUCCUUUUCUUUUUCUUCUAAUCUCUUUGUCUCUCUAUAACUUUCGCUUUUCCUUGUGCAUCUCUGGUGUCUGGAACCCUAGCUCUGUAACUGCUUGCUUGAACUCUUUCUCUUGAAUAAACUGCUCUGCCUCUCUCUCUCUCUCUGCUCAAUUUGUGGGAGGAGCUCUAACUUAUCAAGAUUUUGUUGCAUUGAUAAGAAAGGGUCGCUUGAACUUGGCCUUUUCUGUAAUGGCGUGCAUCUGAAUUUCAUUUGGAUUUGUUCAUCAGAGUUUUAUCUUGUUUCUAGCACCGUAAUGGCAUCGGAAGGUGUUUUAUCUUUUUCUAUGGCUUCCGUAGUGGAGGAUGUUCUCCAACAACAUGGAACUCGAUUGAGCGACACUGAUUUGGCUUCACGUAAGGCGGAGGAAGCAGCAUCGAGGAGGUACGAGGCAGCUGGGUGGCUGCGAAAGAUCGUUGGAGUAGUUGGAGCUAAAGAUUUACCAGCCGAGCCAUCUGAGGAAGAAUUCAGGCUUGGGUUGAGAAGUGGGAUAAUACUCUGCAAUGCGCUCAAUAAGAUUAAAUCUGGUGCUGUGCCCAAGGUCGUUGAAAGUCCAUGUGAUUCGGUUCUUAUCCCUGAUGGAGCUGCCUUAUCAGCAUUUCAGUACUUUGAGAAUGUGAGGAAUUUCCUUGUCGCUGUGCAGGAGAUGGGCCUCCCAACCUUUGAGGCAUCUGAUCUAGAACAAGGUGGAAAAUCUGCAAGGAUUGUAAAUUGCGUUCUAGCACUCAAAUCCUACAGUGAUUGGAAACAUUCUGGGGGAAAUGGUUUGUGGAAAUUUGGUGGAAAUUUGAAACCCGCAAACUCUGGCAAAUAUUUUGCAAGGAAAAAUUCAGAACCCUUCACAAACUCGUUGUCAAGGAAUCUGUCAAUUAAUGAUAGGUCUCUGGAUGGUUUUUCCAUUGACCAGAAUGGUGAUUCUGCACAUGAUCCUACUGAAAUGAAUACCACACGUUCCUUAGACAUGCUUGUACGUGCUGUUCUAUCUGAUAAGAAACCUGAAGAAGUUCCAGUGUUGGUGGAGUCCAUGCUAAGUAAGGUUAUGGAAGAGUUUGAGCAUCGUCUUGCAAAUCAUAAUGAGAUGAUGAAAACAACUAUUAAGGAUCUGGCACUGUCUGAUAGCAACAAGUCCCUUUCAAAAACAACUUCUGCUGAAAUAAAGAUGAAGAUGGAAGAUGAAAACAUUGUAAAGAUGAAGAAAGACAAAUUCUCUCAUGAAAAAUGUAAACAUGAUGAUGAAUCAAAAGGUAGGCUGCUGAAGCAGCAACUGCUCCUUAACCAACAACAAAGAGACAUUCAGGAAUUGAGACAUACUCUUCAGACUACAAGAGCGGGUAUGCAGUUUAUGCAAAUGAAGUAUCAUGAGGAGUUUAGUAAUCUUGGUAAGCACAUCCAUGGCCUAGCUUAUGCUGCUUCUGGAUACCACAGAGUUCUUGAAGAAAAUCGUAAGCUAUAUAAUCAAGUGCAAGACCUUAAAGGAAGCAUUAGGGUCUAUUGCCGUGUUAGACCCUUCUUGUCUGGACAGACAAAUUGUCUGAGCACCGUGGAUUACAUAGAAGAUGGGAAUAUUACAAUCAUCACCCCUUCAAAAUAUGGAAAAGAAGGGCAUAGAUCAUUCAGUUUCAACAAAGUUUUUGGUCCAUCUGCAUCCCAAGAGGAGGUCUUUGCAGAUACCCAGCCUUUGAUUCGAUCUGUUCUUGAUGGUUACAAUGUUUGCAUAUUUGCAUAUGGCCAAACAGGAUCAGGAAAAACAUACACAAUGACUGGACCCAAAGAGCUUACGGAGAAAAGCCAAGGUGUAAAUUAUAGGGCAUUGAAUGAUCUAUUUCUUCUCUCAGAACAAAGAAGGGACACCUUCUUGUACAAUGUUUCUGUUCAAAUGAUUGAGAUUUAUAAUGAGCAAGUCAGGGACCUGCUUGUCACUGAUGGUCUUAACAAAAGAUUAGAGAUUCGUAACAGUUCUCAAAAGGGACUCAGUGUACCAGAUGCAAACCUUGUACCUGUUGCAUCAACCUCUGAUGUUCUUGAAUUGAUGAAUCUUGGACAGAGGAAUCGUGUAGUGGGUGCAACCGCCCUCAAUGACCGUAGUAGUCGCUCUCACAGUUGCUUGACAGUACAUGUCCAAGGAAGAGACCUGACAUCAGGAACUAUUCUACGUGGGUGCAUGCAUUUAGUUGACUUGGCAGGAAGUGAAAGAGUUGACAAAUCUGAGGUGACAGGGGAUAGACUAAAGGAGGCACAACACAUAAACAAAUCUCUUUCAGCUCUAGGAGACGUGAUCUCUUCACUUGCACAAAAGAAUUCACAUGUCCCUUAUAGGAAUAGUAAACUCACACAACUGCUUCAAGAUUCUCUCGGUGGGCAAGCCAAGACACUGAUGUUUGUUCAUAUAAGCCCUGAGCUGGAUGCCGUUGGAGAAACAAUUAGUACACUUAAAUUUGCUGAACGUGUUGCCACUGUUGAACUUGGUGCUGCACGAGUAAACAAAGAUGGUUCAGAUGUCAAAGAGCUCAAGGAACAGAUUGCUAGUCUUAAGGCAGCCUUGGCAAGAAAAGAGGGAGAAACAGAGCACCUUCAAUGUUCCAUAUCUAGUAGCCCUGAGAGACAGAGAAUAAAGGCUGAUGAACCAUCACCUUUACAUUCUAACCAACAGUUUGGAGGGGAGAUGUCAGGUGGCCACAGCAGCCGCAGGCAGCCUAUGGAGGACGUAGGAAAUAUAGAGGUUCGUAACAACUCUGCAAUGAGGCCAAAGAGGGGAAGCUUUGAUCUCCAAGAACUACUCAAUUCGCCUCCUUGGCCACCCGUCAACAGUCCUGGACUAAAUUUCCAAAAGGAUGAUGAGAAAGAGGCAUGCACUGGAGAUUGGGUUGAUAAGGUCAUGGUAAACAAGCAAGAAACUGUAAAUAGAAAUGAAAACCCACUAGGAAAUUGGGAAGGAGAGAACGGACAGCUACCUGGGCUAUUUUACCAGAGAUAUGUACCGGAUUUAAAAGUAUAUCCGGAACAAUUAUAUAGCAGGAUGACAACAAACAAAAAGGAGAGCAAUUAUUAUGAUUUACAGCGUAGCCGAUUUGACAUGGCUACAACUGAUGAUUCUGAUGAGCUGGAAGUUGCAACUAGCGACUCAUCUGAACCAGAUUUGCUUUGGCAAUUUAAUCUUCCUAAGGUUACUAGCAUACCCAAUGGUGCCGGGUCAAAGAUCAAGAAACCUCACCCUAAGACAGCAAAGAGCCCGGAACUAAGGACUUCAAUACCCACACUGGGCCCUUCACCGUCACGAAAGCUAUCGAAUGGGGUCACUCCACCUUUGCAGCGCAGUGCACGGCAGACAGUUUCUGUUGAUGGAAAACGGCGAACUGGAAAUGGGAAGUGAGACUGCAGCAGGUGGAACUGGAGAUGGUUGUCUGGUACUCUGGUUUCUCUUAGAUGAGAGAGAGAGAGAGAGGUCUUUAAAAUAUAUAGUGCAGCAAUAAUUCCGGUUGCUCAAUUUAUUCUGGUGGUGAGCUGGUGAUAUCGAUGGAUGUGGUUUUCCACCUGUUAGUUUCUAUUUGUUAAUAUGUGUUGAUUUAUUUGAAAUUUUUUGUUUGUUUAGUGUUUUUUGUUACUAAAUAGAAAAGGAAAAUUAGAAGGGAAUGAGAAAAAAAAAAGUGUUUACAGCUUCAUUUGUCUGUCUUGUAUUUUUUGUAUGCUUCCUAACUCAAAGCAAUACACCUAUCAACCACAAUUUGAAUUCA